CGAUCGAGAGAUAGAGACCAAAGGCGAGAUCGUCGACGAAGGUCAAGAUCACGGUCAAGAAGCCCUAGAGAUCGCCGAAGUUAUGGUGGUGGUGGAAGAGACAGAUAUAAUCGAGGAAGGUAAGACUUGUAGAUACAGUUUUGUAGAUACAGUUUUAUCCCUAGAUCUUCUUUAUUUAUUCAAGCUUUUGCUUUCCUUGUACCCUCGUAGCAGGAUUGAAACAACCCUUACUGUUCAUGAAAGGCAUUAUCUUGAGCAUUUUAUUUUUACUUCAUUUAGAUCACCCUCUCCUCCAAGAAGAAGAAAGAAGAGGUACAGGAAUUUUAUUUCAUGACAUUAAUAAUAACUUCUUUUACUUUUUACUUUUAUACCUUUUGUGAGAAUGUACGGUGUACAUUGACAUUGUACCUGCAGGGUUGUCAAAAGUAGUUGGCUGCCAGUAAACUGCCCACUUGGUUAGUACUGAUGAUGUUUUUUUAAAUAAAAUAUCCCUUGACUGGCCGCUUGCUUUGACAACUCAGUGGUCGACUUUAAAACUUUGUGACAACCCUGACCUGUAAAUUGUUGAUGCGUGUACUGUUUUGAAGUGCUGUUUCAGUGUACAAUGUAAAUCAGUGAUUUACAAUUUCCUUUUUCUUUGUUUAUUUUCCAGAGAAAGCUUGUGGGACAGACCUCCAAUUGGAUAUGAACAUAUGACACCAGCACAGUAUAAAGCCAUGAGAGGUGUGUUAGUUGCAUUGUGCAAUCUCUCAUUUCUAGUCUGGAAUAUAAUUUUACCUGUCAGGUCUGUCAUUUAGUUUUAAAACAGCCGUAGGAAAUGAAGAUUCACCUGUAACAUCUCGGAAAAAGUUUACAGUCUCGCCUUUAGCUUUCCACUGAUGAUCACCUGUAACAUCCAGCUAGCUUUAGCUAUAACAGAUGUCAUGGUUAGGGCCCUUAAUGACAGCUCUGUCUGUCUAAUACAUGUCAGGUAUUUCAAUAAUAGUUGAAGUAGCCAAAAGGUUUGAAUCAGAGUACCCGACUGUAUCAACAAGGGGCUGUUAAUCCAGUGCCUCUAGGGAAGUCUGAGGGCAUGCUCCCUCAGAAAAGUUUGAAAUUUUAAAGCCCUAAAAUGCCAUUUCCAGUGUUCAGGGGACUAAAUUGAGUACAAAAGAGUGUGCUUUUCAUUCAGGUCAAAUGCACAUUUGAACGAGAACAAAUUCUGUGUAAACCUCUAAAACAUUUGCAUAACAAAAGCAUAACUCAAAACCAGUGGGCCUUUACGUUUUCUUUCAGAUUUUAUGAUAUGCUUUCUGUUUACAACAUUGUAAGAACUACAUGUAGCUGCCUCUUCUUUCAGGGAGAAAAGUAGCCGACUUCUCUUAGCAAAAUAACUGACGCGUUUCGUCGGUCAUCGGUGCUUAUUGAAACCCCUGACAUGUACAUGAAGUAUUGCCUUUCCACAAAUAGUUGUUGUCUAGUGAAACUCUUAAACUGUUAAUAAAUUAUUUAAAAUCACCAAUUACAAACAGUCACGCUGUACAGUUAAUUAUAUUAAUUUUUUUCAAUUAAUGAGUUACAUUUGCAUUGUACAGGUUUAUUGCUUGGAAUGUGUUGGAUUGUGAUAGGUGUUUGUUAUUAAUAUUAUUAGUUAUACAUGUGCACGUCUGUGUUUCUUUUUAUUAUAAAUAGCGGCAGGGCAGAUUCCAGUCAAUGCAGGUGGUCCAGUACCUGGUGGAACUGUUAGUAGUUUGCCACAAGGAAGUCAGAUGACAAGACAGGCUCGAAGAUUGUAUGUUGGAAACAUACCAUUUGGAAUAACUGAGGUGGGUUAUUUUUUUAUUCAAUGUUAUUUUUGAUGCCUUCAGUUCUUGAUUCCCAGUUCUGUAACAGUGCUCUACACUUGUGCCAUGAAAAGAGAUUAUAAACUGGGUUACAUGUACAUGUGCAGACUGUGUGUGCACAGGGUAUUUAAGAAUCAACUUCAUUUCAUGAUUCUGAAACACAUGUAUAUAUAUGUUGAGGUUUAAUAGCAUGUUCCACUUUAACUAAAAAUAGAUUUUGUAACUGUAGACCACCCCCAACCCCCCUGCUUGACUCAGACACUCUGUGCAUUCUACUCAAAGGCUUUGUAUGAGCAAGAUGCAUUUCCCACAAGAAUAUUAUUCAUAAAAUUCACAAUUAAUGUUUUUAAAAGGCAUUUGACCUUUAUUGUAUCAUAUAAAAGGCAUUACUCUAAGCAAAAACCUGGUCCAAGUACAUGUAGUACACAGAGAUUUUGUUACAAAUAGUUAUGGUGAGUCCUGUCACUUAUCUUGUGAAAAAUCAUGAGUCCCAGUCCAGAACCAUUAAGUCCCAGUUCAAAAAACAAUGACUUCUAAACUGAAAAUGCUUGGGUAUAAUCUAACCAGGCAGUUACUGAAUCUGAAGACAGACUCCAAAACUCUUUCUCACAGUUUACUGAAUUAACCCAUUCGCUCCUGGAGAUUUUGCCGAAAAACGCGUUUUGAAGCUAGUCGAGUGGUUUUCUGGUCACUGUCGUGCUAUAAAGGGCUAAAACUUACCACAAACCGGUUUACAGGUGGGCAAUGGAACAAGAUUUUCAUGGAGAUUUUCAGGUCAAUGUCACAUGGUUUUUUGCUUCUUUCUCCGGUGUCCUUGACUGAAUUGUGCUCAUUCUGGUAUGGUUUGAAAGAUCUCUUCACUCUACACAAGUACUUAAAUACCAAGAACGAAAAACUCUACCCAUACCGAGAUUUUUGGAUAAAAAGUUGGCUUUUCUGUGAAUCCUUCUGACAAUGAACUAAAAUAAAAUAUGAAAUAGCAUUAGCCAGACAAACGCUUGCUUGGUUUGUUAUAUGCGUGUUCAUUUUAAGUGCUUUAUAUGUUGUAAAAAAGGAAGGAAGAAAUGGUUACCCCUUAUAUGUGUUUGGGGAGCAAGAGUGGCGAAGUAUUAAGAGCACUACCUUCCGCCAGUGUGGCCUGGCUUCGAGUCCCGGUGUCAAUGCUUUAUGUGCGGGAUUGCUGUUUGUUAACAUGCGUUUCCCAAGACUCCCAAAAAUAUUUCGGCCCUACCAAAAACAUUCUAUUGGAGCGCAAAAUUUAUUAGCAGAAAUGCGAUUUUGAUUUCUUUCAUAUAAAUGGAAAAAUUGCAAAACUUUAAAAGAUGCUAACUGAAUGUUGGCUUUCUUUGCACAAACCUCGCAAUGAUCGUUUAAAUAAAAUGAUAGCCUGUUUCGGGCGUUCAGAUAGUGGGGAGCGGUGCGAAGUAAAAAUGAUCGCUUUCUUUACUUCGCACCGCUCUCCACUAUGUGAACGCUUGGAACAGGCUAAUAAAAUUAACGAGGAAAAAUAAAUGUCAAAAAUGUAAUUUUCUGGGCCAAAAAACUCUUCAGGAGUUUUAGGAAAUGCUCGUCUGCUCCGAGUAGUUUUUCCCUGGCGGGUUCAUCCGGUCUCUCCCUUUCUCACCACGACAAACAGCUAGUUCACUCUCGCCUUGCGGAGACCCCGCUAUAACGUACACCCCGAUAAUACGGACAGCAGCUCAGCAAAUCCAAGGCAAAAAUAAAUUGCAGAUGUUUGACUGAAAUAAACUCCCGGCUAAUUACGAACUCUCGCUAAUGUGGAUCAUAGGGAACUUACGCCGAACAACGACGGCGACAGCUACGAAACCGUCGCACUGCCUCAAACUUUUUCUUGCUUAUUCCACUCUCGUUUAAUUCCUCAAAUGUUGGCAAUUUUUUUUGUAGUUGAAUUCCAAAGGACUGUAUAAAAGUUCAGGAAAAGAAAAAAAAAAUGUUUUGUAUUGUGCUCACUUCCUCGACCGAAAACGUGAAAGCACUUUCACGUUGUAGUCGUGCAAUGACGGCAAAGAAAUGUGAUGCACGUGUAAAGUUGUUAUUUUGCUAAUCUAAACGUAUUCCUUUUUUCCCGCCCUCGUUGCCGUCUCUGUCGUCGUUACUUAAGCUCCCUACUAACUCAAGGUUCCUGGCUACAGUGUCUGUUACAAAGGGAGUUGACUGCACUCAAUUUCAAUGAAUAGUGCCCUCAGUUAGUUGGGGACGCUUAUUGGACCGCAAGUUCAUCAGUUUCUAGAAGUGUCAAGUGUCAUCCCCUCUCAGCCCUCUAAAAUGGACUUUAGGCUAAUUUUCAGUUUAAGUUUCAAUAAAGGGAUCGGUUUUUAAUCCCGGAUCCCGAAAUACACGUACAAAAAAAAAAAAAUGUCUUUAUCAACCGAUUUGAUGAAAACUACCCUGCGAGCAGAGGCCCUUCGAUCUUCCUAGGAAGAUCGAAGGGCCUCUGCUCGCAGGGUAGAUGAAAACAAGUUACCGCCUGUAAAUUGACUUCAUCGGUCACUGAACUCACUCUAAUUCAAAUCUGUGCAUAAAGAACGUCAGAGAAAACUUCCAUUACCGGACGCUUGAUAAGUGUAAAGGGCAGUGGCAUCCAACGAAUUUUUCUGUAAAAUAUUAUUGGGAGAAAAUAUUGCCCAGAAAUUCUUAUCUUAAGAAAUGCUAAAAAUUUCUGAAUAACAGUUCCGAUCUAAGAUAUAUUUUAUUGCUUACAUGUUAUAUUUAAGGUCUCCUGAAACUUUCAGUUUAAAGACAUGACGUCCCCUAAAAAUUUGGAAAACAAUAGUCCUCGUAGCACACGGCGUUAAACAUUUAUGCUAGCUUGAGACCAUAGGUACCCGUCAUUGCCCUUUUUUUCGUACUGACUAUUCAUUGCUAGUAAGCUCACGUCCUCCCAGAGAACUUUUUACUUCGGCGGAGAGCGAAGUAAAGGAUUCGCACAGCUCAGGAAUGUUUCAAAGUUGCAUCCGAAGGACCCGAAGUUGCUUCCGAAUAUCCCAAAGUUACUUUGGAAUUAGUUCGAGCAAUAGCCAUUAUGAUUUAUUCUUUCAGGGGAAAGAAAUAAUGAUGAAGAAGAAAUAAUUCUUACUUUUUGAAGAAAUAAAGAGGACUAUAAUUUUUCUAGCUUGCCCAGGGUCGGAACCUGCUUAUGUAUGACUAGUCAGAUCAGAUGAGACUCUGAAAUGAGGGAUUAGCCGAUUGCGCCACUGCGACGCAAGAUAAUUUGAGAUGUAAAAAAUAGCCAUAAGUUAUGCUUGAGGUACUUUUCGGCUUGUUUGGGGUAUUUGACGUAGUGACACCGGAUGAGUUGGAGAUAUCGCGAGAUCACUUCUAGUUCUUUCGGCUGCAACAAUAUUAGAGGGGGAGCGCAAAGUAAUGUCGUAAACUUAAGCCCCCCCCCCGCCACUUUUUCAGAUACUAAAUUUUUUUUUGACUUUGGUUACCCAGAUCUAUCACUUACACACAAACAAGGUUUAGUAAUCUGACAGUACUGAACACCCACAAACAGAGAACAGACAUGUACAAGCUUUGUCUUGUAGCUGUUGGCAAUGAGUUUGUAGCUCUUAAUGACAAUCGGAAAUAGAACUUUAGCAUCCCUCAGAGAAUCCGAGAAUCCGACUUAAAAAUGUCUGGGUGACACUAAACCGUUGUGUGUGAUGGGUUAAGCUUCAAAGUCUAUUCAUUUAAAUUUUGGGCUAACGUUGUAACUUGUUGUUUAAGUGCCGAAGUAAUAAUUAAAAAAUUCAUAUCACUAUUGGUAGUUUUAGAUGCAUUUAUAGCCAUUCCAGAAGACUUAAAUCUGAAAUUUUCCCGGGGGAAGCAUGCCCCGCACCCCCUAGUUUGCUCACGCUUACGCGUUCGCAUUGGCCCUCCCACUUGACAAUCCGCUGCGUGGGCCCUAGUCCAUUUUGUUGCCGAAGUGAGGCCGAAAUUUGUUCGUGAUAUACUUCUAUAUGAGCUCGAGUUGUUUAGUUUAUCUGAGGAAGAAAGAAAUAGUAUUUUUUGCUCGCCCUUCGGUUUGUAGUUACCUACUUAUCUUUGCCCCGUUAGUUCGCGGAGACAAGAUUGUAGCUGAGAAAAGUAAAAGAUGGUUGAUUUGUAGGUUUAUUAUUUUUUUUAAUUUGGGCGAGCAGCAAGUUAAUGUUUUGCUGCAUAACUGCCAGCAGUCAGCGUGCGACGAUUAGUUAUUUUGGGCUUAUAGGAAACGGAUUUAAACGGGCAGUCGAGUUUUGACAGUUUAAAGGCAGUGGAACUGAUGAGAUCUCGUCGUGCGCAAUUUAUUUAUGACAGAAAUUGUAAUCGAAUCGGAUUACAGCUACGGGGUCAUGCACCUAGUAGACUUCCAGUAAAGAAGUUAAGACGUCUGUAACACAAAAGGAGAAAAGUAAGGGUAUUUGUAUGGAAGGGUAUCAGGAAAAAUAUCAUUUCUUACUAUUCCUCCACAUUCACAAUUAAUCCACAACCACGACGCCGAAGUUUACGCUCCGUAGCGUCUCGUUUCUUUGUUUCUUUGCGACUUCCGAGAAGCCCCUGGGGACCAGUGGCGUUACCUCGUUUUCAGGUUGCCCUCUAUCCCAUGAGACAAGUCGAGCGCGGCGCUUGAUUGCCGUCCAUGUUGAAAGACCCAUGUGUAUCGAGUGAAUGAGCAGGAAAAAAGCUUAAAACUUUGCUUAGGAAUUAUGGCAGCUGUUGAUGGAAAUGGUUUCAAGUUGGAAGAUGAUAUUAGUGCUAAAAUAAGUGGUUUUCGCAAGGAAUAUGACAAUGAUCGUGACAGUAGAGACGAAUAUGGUAAGUCACUCUGGUCAUCGCAUUCGAUGCUAUUGGAAUGGUCUUACCUAGCCUGUAGACAGUCUUUAAAUUUUUUACAUUUAUUUCAUAAAGCAGGUAAAAUAGACAACUAUGCAGCUGAUGUGCUGAUUUGCUGGGUCUCGCUGGCUGUUUUCGAGGAUGUAAAAAUUUUUUGCAACUAUAAAUAAGUGGUACACUGAAUUGGAAGCUUACUGAAUUUUCAAGAAGUCGUUAACAGUCCCAUUUUAGUCUUUCUUGCCGUCUACAGUGCAUAUUUAAACUCGAAUUGAAAGCUAGUAAUACUGCUAAUUGGUAAAAAAUAAUUUUAAGUAAAGACGGUAUGUUGUUCAAGUAGAUGCUGGACAGCACUACACACUGUAACUUAAAAUGUUACAUGGCACACCAACAUUUUAUUGCUGAUCACAUCUUGAACAUCACAGAAAUAAUGCUUUUAUCAAAAGCUAUCAGUCUAACUUAUCAAAGUUAAAAUUGAACAAGAAGGUGGCAGUAGCACGAUGUUUGAAACCAAGUCGAGCUACUGCCGUGUAGCACGGCAAGGCUUGCCGUGCUACACGGCAGAAGCACGACUUGGUUUUAAACAUUGCGCUACUGCCGUGCUAAAGUUGAAUUUAAUUCGAUCAAUUGAGUUCGGCACAGCAGUAGCACAACGUUUGAAAUGGGCUUAAGAUGCUUUUAAAGAUCAUGCUGUUUUUAGAUUUUAAGUAUGUAGUAAUUAACCUACACUAUCUUAAUUCACAAAAGCAAUAUCACCUCCUUUUCGAAUAAACAGAAGCAAUUCCAUGGAAGUAAUCCAAUGAACUAUUUUGUUUUUUCAUUUUUCAACAACAACAACAACCAUUAUUAUUACAUGUACAUCCAAAUAGAGAAUUUUACAUUUUUUGAUAGCAAAUGGAAAGAAAAGAAGAAAUAAUACGUUCAAAAAUUGUGCAUUAUGAUAACAAGGAUUUCUAGCAGCUAAAUUAACAAACAUUUGGGUGCUAUUGCCAAGCUGUAAAAAUAUAUUUUUAACAUAGUGGUGACAGGUGAAAUAGUUGCAAAGAAAGAAAAUGCAAAAACAAAAAUAAGUUAAUAAAUAAGACGUACACACUAUACACUAUAUGGAGAAAAUAACAAUGGGCAACUGUCAAAUUUUCUAAUCAGUAGAUGUUGUUUUAGUAAGCGUGGGAAGGAUAAUUAUCAUUAAGGAGGUCUUUCCAAUUUCCAGAGGUCAACAGCUAUAGAUCGGAUUGACUGUUCUCCAAGAUACGUUCUUGUGCGUUAUUUAUAAAAGUUCUUUUUAGGGCAGAUAGUGUAUUUAAUUGUUAGUAAGUACUUGUUCAGUAUACUGAAAAUAAUUCUGAAAAAUGCUUGGCAACUCCUUUUUGUGCCAUCUGAAGGCAAAUUUAAGGGCCUGUGGCUGGUGGUGGAAUGAGUGGUUACUCCCUCUGUUUACCAUGCAUGGAAAGCACAUGGUUGAACCAAGAUGGCCAGAAGUGUUUCAGAACUUAUGUGUACAGGUUUACAAUAUUGUUUUAUUUAUUGCUGUUACUGCCAAAAAAAUUCAAACUGCAAUGCUCCAUGUACAUUGUAAAAGAUUUUGCAAACCUUACCAGGGCAAAAAAAAUAGUGUGGCUUAUCUGCUUGACACAGCUCCUUUGUAGGUUUUUACAUGUAUUUCUGUGAAAGUCACAAAACCAUGAACACCAGAAAUAUUUAUGGAAUGUUAUUGCAUUCCAAGUAAAAAGCCAUUAAGGCACAAGAAAACUAAACUGCAAAUGGCAACGGUAAUUAGUUUGUGAUAUUUAUUGAGGUUUGCUUGCAUGUUUUGAACUUUAUUGUUAUUGGCUACUUUUAUAAUCAACAUUCCUGAAAUUUUUCAGAUGUUCAUGGUUUUCUGAGUUUGACAGUAAAAUAAUGUCUCAAUAAAUUAUAAUCUCAAUGCCCACAUUGUAUUUCUCAUUGGAAUUUUUAGGUGGAGGGAGUGAUCGAUCGAGAGAUAGAGACCAAAGGCGAGAUCGUCGACGAAGGUCAAGAUCACGGUCAAGAAGCCCUAGAGAUCGCCGAAGUUAUGGCGGUGGUGGAAGAGACAGAUAUAAUCGAGGAAGGUAAGAGUUGUAGGGUGAUGCAGUUUUAUCUCUAGACCUUCUUUAUUUAUUCAAGCUUUUGCUUCCCUUGUACUCUCGUAGCAGGAUUGAAACAACCCUUACUGUUCAUGAAAUGCAUUAUCUUGAGCAUUUUAUUUUUACUUCAUUUAGAUCACCCUCUCCUCCAAGAAGAAGAAAGAAGAGGUACAGGAAUUUUAUUUUAUGACAUUAAUAAUAACUUCUUUUACUUUUUACUUUUAUACCUUUUGUGAGAAUGUACGGUGUACAUUGACAUUGUACCUGCAGGGUUGUCAAAAGUAGUCAGCUGCCAGUAAACUGCCCACUUGGUUAGUACUGAUGAUGUUUUUUUAAAUAAAAUAUCCCUUGACUGGCUGCUUGCUUUGACAACUCAGCUGUCGACUUUAAAACUUUGUGACAACCCUGACCUGUAAAUUGUUGAUGCAUGUACUGUUUUGAAGUGCUGUUUCAAUGUCCAAUGUAAAUCAGUGAUUUACAAUUUCCUUUUUCUUUGUUUAUUUUCCAGAGAAAGCUUGUGGGACAGACCUCCAAUUGGAUAUGAACAUAUGACACCAGCACAGUAUAAAGCCAUGAGAGGUGUGUUAGUUGCAUUGUGCAAUCUCUCAUUUCUAGUCUGGAAUAUAAUUUUACCUGUCAGGUCUGUCAUUUAGUUUUAAAACAGCCGUAGGAAAUGAAGAUUCACCUGUAACAUCUCGGAAAAAGUUUACAGUCUCGCCUUUAGCUUUCCACUGAUGAUCACCUGUAACAUCCAGCUAGCUUUAGCUAUAACAGAUGUCAUGGUUAGGGCCCUUAAUGACAGCUCUGUCUGUCUAAUACAUGUCAGGUAUUUCAAUAAUAGUUGAAGUAGCCAAAAGGUUUGAAUCAGAGUACCCGACUGUAUCAACAAGGGGCUGUUAAUCCAGUGCCUCUAGGGAAGUCUGAGGGCAUGCUCCCUCAGAAAAGUUUGAAAUUUUAAAGCCCUAAAAUGCCAUUUCCAGUGUUCAGGGGACUAAAUUGAGUACAAAAGAGUGUGCUUUUCAUUCAGGUCAAAUGCACAUUUGAACGAGAACAAAUUCUGUGUAAACCUCUAAAACAUUUGCAUAACAAAAGCAUAACUCAAAACCAGUGGGCCUUUACGUUUUCUUUCAGAUUUUAUGAUAUGCUUUCUGUUUACAACAUUGUAAGAACUACAUGUAGCUGCCUCUUCUUUCAGGGAGAAAAGUAGCCGACUUCUCUUAGCAAAAUAACUGACGCGUUUCGUCGGUCAUCGGUGCUUAUUGAAACCCCUGACAUGUACAUGAAGUAUUGCCUUUCCACAAAUAGUUGUUGUCUAGUGAAACUCUUAAACUGUUAAUAAAUUAUUUAAAAUCACCAAUUACAAACAGUCACGCUGUACAGUUAAUUAUAUUAAUUUUUUUCAAUUAAUGAGUUACAUUUGCAUUGUACAGGUUUAUUGCUUGGAAUGUGUUGGAUUGUGAUAGGUGUUUGUUAUUAAUAUUAUUAGUUAUACAUGUGCACGUCUGUGUUUCUUUUUAUUAUAAAUAGCGGCAGGGCAGAUUCCAGUCAAUGCAGGUGGUCCAGUACCUGGUGGAACUGUUAGUAGUUUGCCACAAGGAAGUCAGAUGACAAGACAGGCUCGAAGAUUGUAUGUUGGAAACAUACCAUUUGGAAUAACUGAGGUGGGUUAUUUUUUUAUUCAAUGUUAUUUUUGAUGCCUUCAGUUCUUGAUUCCCAGUUCUGUAACAGUGCUCUACACUUGUGCCAUGAAAAGAGAUUAUAAACUGGGUUACAUGUACAUGUGCAGACUGUGUGUGCACAGGGUAUUUAAGAAUCAACUUCAUUUCAUGAUUCUGAAACACAUGUAUAUAUAUGUUGAGGUUUAAUAGCAUGUUCCACUUUAACUAAAAAUAGAUUUUGUAACUGUAGACCACCCCCAACCCCCCUGCUUGACUCAGACACUCUGUGCAUUCUACUCAAAGGCUUUGUAUGAGCAAGAUGCAUUUCCCACAAGAAUAUUAUUCAUAAAAUUCACAAUUAAUGUUUUUAAAAGGCAUUUGACCUUUAUUGUAUCAUAUAAAAGGCAUUACUCUAAGCAAAAACCUGGUCCAAGUACAUGUAGUACACAGAGAUUUUGUUACAAAUAGUUAUGGUGAGUCCUGUCACUUAUCUUGUGAAAAAUCAUGAGUCCCAGUCCAGAACCAUUAAGUCCCAGUUCAAAAAACAAUGACUUCUAAACUGAAAAUGCUUGGGUAUAAUCUAACCAGGCAGUUACUGAAUCUGAAGACAGACUCCAAAACUCUUUCUCACAGUUUACUGAAUUAACCCAUUCGCUCCUGGAGAUUUUGCCGAAAAACGCGUUUUGAAGCUAGUCGAGUGGUUUUCUGGUCACUGUCGUGCUAUAAAGGGCUAAAACUUACCACAAACCGGUUUACAGGUGGGCAAUGGAACAAGAUUUUCAUGGAGAUUUUCAGGUCAAUGUCACAUGGUUUUUUGCUUCUUUCUCCGGUGUCCUUGACUGAAUUGUGCUCAUUCUGGUAUGGUUUGAAAGAUCUCUUCACUCUACACAAGUUAGCGAAAAAAUUUGUCCUUGACUGUUAAAACUGAUGACGUCACAAAGGGUAGAAAGGACCUGGAUCCGCACGGGAGGUUACGGGCGGUUCAGGGGCGAAUGGGUUAAAAUAUAGUCCUUCCAUUUAAACAGCAAAAAUGAGGGGACUAAAAUAAAUAUGUAUCGUUAAACAACAGCCACAUUAACAGCCACAGAAAUCACACAAAGACGAUUUUCUAGAAAGACAUCUUUGGAUCAAUCAAUCGAUUGUUAAUUUAUGUCUGAUUGUAGAGCUUGAUGAUAGAGUUCUUCAAUGCCAGAAUGCAAGAAGCAAAGUUAAACACAGCUCCUGGUAACCCAGUUAUUGCUGCACAAAUCAACUUGGAACAGAAUUUUGCCUUUAUUGAGGUACAUGUAUGGCUGUGUGUUUUGAUGGUGAUUUCAUUGACUAUGUCUCUAUUCUUGGAACGAAUACAUUGUACUAUACCCUGGUAUUAUCUUGAUUAGCCUUCUUGAUGAUACUAACCUCAUGUACCUGCAAAAUGUUUUCAGCUCCGUUCAGUUGAAGAGACUACCCAGGCAAUGGCAUUUGAUGGGAUCAUAUUAGAGGUAUUCUAAGAAUUCGUGUUAGUGUGCUGAGUGUUUUGUAGAUUGUAUGUGUUAUUGUACUGUAGUUAUUGAUGAUUUCAGGUGGUCUUUGUCCUGUCACAUCCUUCAGUUGAUUACCUGUAGGCUGCUGCACACUGUACAUUUGGUUACUGAAUUAUGAUUAAUUUAUUUUAGGGCCAGUCACUGAAGAUAAGAAGACCCAAGGACUAUCAGCCCAUUCCUGGAAUGUCAGGUAAUCUCCUAUUCAUUUUCCAAACAAGAACUUUAAAAAUAUAUUCCAUGUACACUGUACAGUUGUAUGGACAAAAGUAUAAUUAUUACAAUACUAUGUACAACUAACUACAUCUAUACAGUCAUGUAUCAUUAAUAUUUGCAUACCGUAUUAAUUAUUAUAGUUGUUGUCAACAUAAAAGAUAAAAAACAUCUACAGGUAAAGCAUAUAUGCAAUGGUUUAUUACAUGUAUGAGAACUAGAAACAUUAAGAACUUACAGUUUUAACUAAUGAGUCUACUCUGGUUUAAUUUUAUCCUUGGUUUAAAUGCAUUAAAUUCAUUAUCGUCCAUUAACAAACUCAAAAACAAGUACAUUGUAUAUAAGGAGGAGGAUGCAUAAAUUAUAGAAAUUUUACUAUUUUGUCGUACUCUGUGGAUAUCCUCAGUAAAGACUGAUUGUUUUUAAUGGGCAGCUGUACAUGUUUGUUUGUGUUGCUUUGCAGAAACAGCAACAAUUCAUGUCCCGGGUGUGGUUUCAACAGUUGUACCAGAUUCUCCUCACAAGAUUUUCAUUGGAGGAUUACCAAACUACUUAAAUGAAGAUCAGGUAAAGUUGGCAGCAUAA